AUGCUGGAAUCAUAUCUAAGCCCCAUAGAGAACAUCAGGCGCGGUAAUUUUGUGAAAAACAAUUCACGUUUGAUCUUGGAAAAGAAAUCAUUUGUUUUUGAGCUUUUGUGUCCAGUUUUGAUUUCUGAAAUGGCACAUUCAAAUAUUUCCUCAUCUCAUGUUGUUUUGGAGACUGAUGCUGAGAUCAUCCAGGAAUCUGAAGAUGUACAUGAAACAAGUUUUACUUCUACACAAAUGUUUGAUACUGAUGAACUUCUUUUGAGACUUCCGAGCCGUAAACUUAUGUCUAGUGUUGGCUCAAAAGGAACAACAACAACUUUGAGAAAGAAGAAAACUAUUCGAUCUAAAAGCAUGAAGUAUCGAACUGUUCGGAUGCCACGAAAUGCAAACAGUGAAGACAUUCUUAAAAAAUUAAAUGAUGAAGAUGUUAUGGAUGAUGAUGGUCACAUGACAGAAGAUGGAAAGGAUGUUAUUCGUUCAAUGCCUGUAAGCCUCAGUGGCAAAAUACAAGCCUUACAACAUCUUUCUGAAAAUCAACAAGCCAGCAAUAUGAGAUUAAAAUAUUCAACAUGGUUUUCCUCCAGCAUCACUAGUUCAUGGAAUAAAUUUAAAAGACGAGUGAAUAACUUGGCAUUUUAUACAGCAUUGUGGAAAUCAGCCAUAAAGAAGAUCAAAGGCCAUUUUGAUCUUCUUACAGGGAAAGGUUGGUUUGAGGAUACAGAACUAUAUUAUGGAUUCUAUACAAAUGAAAGCAUAUCAAUAUCUGAUUCUACAUAUUAUAAUAUGCCUUAUGCUUAUUUUCUAACCAGUGCAGUCAAUUAUCUACUUUUACUGGCCAUAAUUGCUUACAGCAUUGCAAGGUCAUACAAAACUAAUUAUAUAGAAGCUGGUAAUGAAAACACAUUCUAUUUUGUUACCAAGAUAUUUUGUGGAUGGGACUAUGGUAUAACAUCAAAAGAUGCUGCAGUCCUUAAACAUAAAAGUUUAUGCAAUGAAUUCAAAGAAAAUUUGACAAAAUUUAAAGAUGAUAUCAAGAAAAGAAAACUCUACCAACAAUGUCGGUUAUUUUUCUGGAGAUUAUUUACCCAUCUGCUUGUACUUGCACUAAUUAGUGCAAGUGGCUAUUUUGUCUACUUUUUGUCCAACACAAAACGGAUUGAAUUACCUCUGCUGGCGGACCUUACAGUUCCAAUUUGUAUCUCUGCUGCCAACACCCUGCUGCCAUUUAUUUUUUCUGGAAUUGCUUAUUUGGAGCAAUAUGAUCAGCCGCAGACAAAUUUGUACAUUACAAUGAUCAGGAAUAUGUUACUAAAAGUCACUAAUAUUUCAAUGCUUUGUUUCUACUGGGCCCAGAAAGUUAUUGAUACAACAAAAAAUGAAUACAAAUGUUGGGAAACAUUUAUCAGCCAAGAUAUUUAUCGUUUGGUUUUAGUAGAUUUCUUCUUCAGUUUGUUAUUCACCUUAUGGUUUGAAAUAUUUUGGGCAAUGAUAUAUCAUUUUAAAAUUAUUUCAAGAAGUCCUGAAUUUAACAUAGCUGCAAAUACUUUGGAUUUGAUUUAUUCACAGGCUCUCUGUUGGCUUGGCUUAUUUUACUCCCCACUAAUGCCACUACUGAUGGCUGUAAAACUUUUCAUCAUAUUUUAUGUUAAGUGGUUGAGCGUACUUAAAACCUGCCAAACAUCCAAGAAAGCUUGGCAUGCAGCACGAACACACACCAUUUUUCUUUUUUUUUUGUUAGUGUUCUUUGUUCUGACUGCCACCACAGUUGCUGUCAGCAUUGUAUUUAGUCAACCAAGUAUAGAGUGUGGACCUUUCAGAAACUUUAAAUCUGCUUAUGAUGUUGUGUUAAAUAUGGUCAUUUCAUCAAAGGGCGCUGCAGAGUUCUUACAAGAUGUUUUGGAAUUCAUUUCCAAACCUGGAUUCAUAACACUUAUUCUUGUAACUCUCUGUAUAUCUGCCUACUACUCCCGUAUUGUGCUAAUUGGUCACAAAGAAAUGGUAAAACUACUGAAAUAUCAAUUAGCAAUGGAAGGACAAGACAAAGUAUUUUUAUUAAAAUUGCUGAACCAAGUGAAAUCUGGAAAAAUCUUUAACAAUGCUGGGAAAACACAUUAA